CUAGAACGCCCAUAUCUGCUCUUUUUAGCGCCAGAACUUUUGCUCAGACCGCCAUACAUGGGUGCCCGUCAGGCAGUUGGUUGAGAUAGACUCGGUCUCAAUUGUGCAUGCCAAGUGUUUGCCGCCAUGCUUAGCCUCGGAAUUUCAACGUCGAACAAGAGUGCUUGCCCGACUAAUAUACUGGUCAUGUGCCCUCAAUUGUCAUUCAGAGCUGCCUUUGCUGUAACUGCAUCUUUUCAGCAUAACUCAGUGUCCAGCUAGACGACUCUUGCCCUUGGCCUUUGUCGAUACUCGCACUGGUCAACUGGUCUGGCGCUACUCUCUAACGAAACAACCUACAAAGCAACUUUGAGUAUCCAGAUAACGACAUUCAGGAUGAACUCGAUGCAUUUCACAGCGCUCGCCAAAUUCCUGGCGUUCCUCGUUGCCGCUCGCCCAGUGGUGGCUCGUGGGUACCACCCUGGACUCCAAUGGGACCCUGAGCCUGCCUUACCCUGCAUCACUUGGUAUGACAACGCAGAAGGCGAGUCUUGUGAAGAAGUCCGAGACUACUGGAACAUCACCCCGGAGGAGUUCACCAAGUGGAAUCCCUCCGUCGGCCUCGACUGCAAACCCUGGCGCUACCAAUCUCAGGAUGGCGGUGACGACAAUCUGAUCAUUGCCGACUGCCAGGAGACUUGCUACCAGGAGGCCUUCAUCUUCGCGGGCGUCAAGGCUGGGAACGAAUGCUGCUGCAGCACCUACAUCGCCGGCGGGAGGACCAACAAUGCGACUGCUGAAUUCAACUCGCCCGGCACGGGUGACGACAAGGUCAAUUGCGGUGGCAAGGACCGAGUGGACUCCCAGACCGCUGGAGACGGAAGCGCAGAGCAGGAGAGUGACGAGGCUGAAGCGGAGCCCAGCCAGUCCUCGAGUGCGAGCGAGGACAGUGUGGUGCAGGAGGACGACGCUGAAUCUGGUGCGUCGAUGAAUCGCGCUAUGUUCAUACGAGGCUUUCUAGACUGA